GACAGGUGUUAUUCACAUGGGAUUACAUGCUUGAAAACGUGGCCGAAUAAUGUGCACUCAGUGCUGCCUAGAGAAGUUUAUUGUAAUUCUAUCAACCAGUUGGGUUCAACUUCUGGGCAUCGAUUUAUGUCGACAACAAGAGGAAGAAGCAUGCGGAGCAAGGUGGAGAAGAGAAUGCGAAGAGAAACAGGAAAAACUUUAAAAGAGAUCAGACGUGCAAAAAAAAUAAGAAAGAAGUUAAUGACAGAAGAGGAAAGGCUACUAUACAACUUACGUAGAGCCAAGAAAAAGGUGGGAUUGCUUCUUCAAAAGCUCAAAAAAUAUGAAUUGCCAGAGUUACCACCUCCUCGGCAUGAUCCUGAGCUUCUUACUCUUGAGCAGCUUCAGGCUUAUAAGAAGAUAGGUUUCAGAAAUAGAAAUUAUAUUCCUGUUGGAGUUCGUGGGGUCUUUGGAGGAGUAGUUCAAAACAUGCAUCUCCAUUGGAAGUUUCAUGAGACUGUGCAAGUUUGUUGUGACAAUUUUCCUAGGGAAAAAAUCAAAGAAAUGGCAACCAUGAUAGCAAGAUUAAGUGGCGGCAUUGUUGUUAAUAUACACGAUGUGAAAACCAUUAUUAUGUUUCGUGGACGAAAUUACAGACAACCAAAGAAUCUGAUACCAAUCAACACCCUGACUAAAAGGAAGGCCCUAUUCAAAGCCAGAUUUGAGCAGGCUCUUGAAUCUCAAAAGUUGAACAUCAAAAAAAUUGAGCAAGAGCUAAGACGCAAGGGUGUCAAUCCAGAGGACCCAAUUGCCAUGGCUAGCAUUCAGAGAAUUGCUACUACAUUUUUUAGGGCUAUUGAUGAGAAACAAGGGACUCCAUAUAUAUUCCAUGGGGAUAAACCAUCCACAGCAGAAAUUGUUGAUAAUCUAGAUGAGUCUAUUGAUGUACCUUCUGAGGACAGUGACCAGGAGGAACUUGACCGCUUUAUUCGAGAGAUUGAAGAUGCUGCAGACAAAGAGUGGGAAGAGGAGGAAGCGGUAGAGAAAGAGGAACUUUCAAGAAUUAGGUAUUGGGGAAAAGAUGACAUGGGUCGGUCAAGCAGGGCACCAAAUUGGAGAAGUGAUAAUUCAGAAGAUGAGGAUAGGGCUCAUGUAAGGCGUUGGAAUGGUACUUCUACUGGAUUGGGAAAUACAGAGAGGAAAAAUUGGGAUAGUGACAAUGACAUGUCCACAGCUUCAGAAGACGAGUGGGAUUAUGAUGACAAAGUGAGUGAUGCUACAAUUGAUGUUGAUAGACAUAACUCCUAUAGUAAAGACGGGACUCGAGAAAGAGAGACAAAUAAAAUAAAACAGAGAAAAAGCAGGGCUGCCCCAAAGGAAUAUUUGAGAGAUAGAGCUAGUGUUGAAACCAGAUGGAGAGAACAUGAAGAUAUCAGCCUAGAUGGUGAUGUUUUGGGAGAUUCAGAAGAUGCGGUUGGGGAAUCAGAAGAUGAGGACGGACACAAUUUUGUGGAAUCAACAAUGGGCCCUUAUGAUUAUCUCAGCAAUGAAGAUUCAGAAGACAACGAUAGCGGGAGUAGACAGAAGAUAGGUGCGUUUGAUGAGAAAAAGGGUGAUGAAAGUUGGGAUAGUGAUUAAUCAAUUAGGUGCCAACCUGCAACUCAUUUUAUAUGCAGGUGAAUGGAAGUAGCAAUUGAAAAUUGAAAUAGAAAAGAUAAGUCCUCUAUCUAGUCUCUAAGCUAUAAUUUCUGGAAUUUUCUUGAUUUAUUUGGUGUGCCAAUUUUGAAGAAGAGGAAGAUCAAAGGGUGAGUGAGCAUUCUGUUUCCUCCUUGCUUUCUGGAAUAUUCUUUUUCAUUCUCGUCUUUCUUAUGUCUUGCAAUCUAUACUCAACUUCCUUCAUUGUAGGCCUUUCCACACCUUUCAAACUAGACAUAUUUUUAUCAAACUACUUAUUUCAAAAAACUCUUGCUCGGUUCCUUCUUGCAAAAUACAAUCUUCUACGAGAUCAAAGAGCUUCUUCUCUCUUAUUGUUUGAUGAAAAUUCAUCGUUAAGUUUUGUGGUAACCCAGCAUUGGUUAAGUAAAUGGGUUUCUUUCCUGUUAAAUCUCAAGAAGAAUAACUCCAAAGCUAUAGACAUCACUUUUCUCGGUCAACUGACCCGUUUGAUAAUACUCCGGAUCUAAGUAUCCAAAGGUACCUUGAAUU